AUGGCACCCAAAUUCAGAGACGGGGAUGCCGUUGUGAGCCUCAAUGGCAAAUGGAUCUCUCACGCGCACACCCUAUUUGCGGCCAUCGCAUUCAUCGGCGCCUUCGUUGUCGGCGUGCAAUUACACUUCCAUAAAAUCGUGCAAAACGAGCAUUUCGGCUACCCUGAUGAAUGGUUUCCCUCUGUCUCGGCGACAAUUGGUGAUCGGUAUCCCGAACGAUCAGUCUUUCAGGUUUUCAUUGCUAUCACAUCCGGUCCCCGUUUCGCUCUCGUGUUCCUUUGGUAUCUGAUGACGGCUCGACCCGGUUCAACGCUACCCAAGGUUGUCGCCUUUACUGGUCUGUUCAGAACAUUGACGUGUGGUGGCUGGACCUAUGUGACAUCGACGGACGAUCAUGACUGGCAUGAUAUUUUCAUGAUCUCGUAUUUGGUCGCUACUCUGCCAUGGACAUUGGGCUGCCUUGCUCUGAGCCCUGCGAACCGCCGUGCUGUCAGAUACCGCAAGAUUCUCGCCAGUCUUUUCUUUGGAACCUUGGUUCCCUUGAUCUACUACUUCAUUCAGCACAAGGUACACAAGGUUGCCGGAGCUUACACCAAGUAUGCCUUCUUUGAAUGGUCUUUGAUCGUCUUCGAUGUCGGUUUCGACGCGGUAACAGCGCUGGAUUUCGACGCUUUUGAGUUAGUGGUGAGGGAUGUAAAAGGAGUUAGCAGAGGGCAACUCAAGACGACGGCAGACAAAGUAAUUGAAAAAGAGAAGGAUAAGCCGAUUGGGAACACUUUUGGUACAGGCUUCUCCUGGCCUGAAGCUUUUGACGUUGCUGCCGACAUCUACAAUGGCUUUGUCUUUUGGUCCAAUUAUACUGCUAUGCCUCUACUUGUGUGGUACUUCCCGCUUUGGCACAUGGGUAUUUCUGGAUAUGAGGCUGUCAUUGUUACCACUGUAUCUCCAUUGAUCUUGGCUAUCCCGUCUAUCCGGUCAUUGGUGAUUCGUAACAGGGCUGUAUUUCAAUUUUUGCCGUUGACCGGUCUGAUGGCUUUCCUCGUCCGUGACCCAGUCUACCGUCUCUUCAUCUCAGGAUUUGCUGUUGCUAUGGGCUGUCUUAUAUGGUCCGCAACGUUCUAUGGCGAACGGGCUUUGAAUGUCCGACUAGAGUCACGCAUUUCUGCCUUUGCCAUUGGUCUCAUCAUGUCGAGCGUGGCCAAAUUUGCCUUCCAGACAAACAACCCUGUUUGGCCGACAAUGAACGCGGAGAACGGUGGAUGGAACAAGUUUGGUCUUUUCCUGGGUAUUCUCGCUGCGAUACGCUCUGCAAGACAGCCAGCUGUAAGCGGAGGUGACUAUUACCCACCAGCUGGUAAGAAAGGUUCCGCUAUUCUUGCCGGUAUUGGGCUUGGAGGUGUUAUCUUUGGGUUGCACUCACUACUGUCCGAUUCUAGCACCAUGAUCAGUUGGGUUUGGGAAGGUUUCCCUAUCCGGGGCCCAAUUCAAGUUCCUCAUGGUGCUUUGACAAUCUUUGCUAUGAGCGCAGGUUACUUGUUUGGCUUGUACUACCCUCGUCUAGCUGGUUCAUGGACAGCGUUCGGCAUUGGUUCUCUCGGUGCUGCGGUGCUUACUUGCUACAGCCAUUGGUUUGGUUUCUACGGUGGUCUGACUAUUGCCUUUUACCUAAUGGCUAUAACCCCCGUGUUCAUUGCCUCUGCCGUCCACCACUCGCCUGCAUCUACCUUUGGUACGGCAUUCUCGGUUUGGGUCUUUUUGUGUCUUUUCCACGUCUGGGUCGUGGCGUAUGCUUUCGUUCCCGGUGGUCCUCUAGUUCGUGAACACACUGAUUGGUUAAUGACUGUGACAAUGCUGUUUGUGGGUGCCGGUGUCUUCUCCAGCUCAGUUACCAACUCCGGCCCUUCCAAGAAGAAUUUCAUCAACCCCAACAGCCGUAGACAGCGCUCAUACUAUAUUUAUGCCCUUGCAAUCCUUCAGCUUCUCGCCGUGGCUGUUGCCUACCUCCGAUUCCCCACAAACGACUAUACUCCUUACCACAAGGAAGACAAGGUUGCUACGGCUGGUAUCUGGACGAUUCACUUUUCUCUUGACAAUGACAUGUGGUCUUCCGAACGACGAAUGAUCAAUCUCAUCCGAGAGGCAGAACUUGAUGUCGUUGGUCUGCUAGAGUCCGAUACUCAGCGCAUCAUCAUGGGCAACCGUGACUUCACCGCUGUCCUUGCCGAAGAACUUGGUAUGUACGUGGACUACGGCCCGGGGCCCAACAAGCACACCUGGGGAGCCGCACUACUCUCCAAGUUCCCUAUUCUCAACUCGACUCAUCAUCUGUUGCCAUCCCCUGUCGGUGAACUGGCCCCAGCCAUUCAUGCAACUCUCGACAUGUACGGCGAGGCGGUAGACGUGGUCGUAUUUCACUCUGGUCAGGAAGAAGACCCCGAGGACCGACGGCUACAGACUGAAUAUCUCUCCAAGCUCAUGGGCUCAUCACCCCGACCACUGAUCCUUCUCAGUUAUCUAGUCACGAAACCACUUGAAGGCAACUACAACACAUAUGUGAGUGACGUGAGUGGAAUGAAGGACAUCGACUCGACGGAUUGGGAUAGGUGGUGCGAGUACAUUUUGUACAAGAAGUUGAAGCGAACUGGCUAUGCUAGAAUUUCUCGAAGCACCAUCACCGAUACCGAACUUCAGGUUGGUAAAUUUGUCAUCGGUCAACCGGAAUCUGAAGAGGAGAUUCGCAUCCCGGAGGAAAUGGUACCUGAGGGCCAACGCUUCCCAGCACUGUUCCGUGGUGAAGGUGUCCGUGGUCAUCGGUACCAUGUGUUUGAUGAGCCAAGGUACUUUCAAUAACUAAGCAAAAUACAAUGUUUUCUAGUGCCGUCCGUUGUUGUUGUCCUUUUCAACGCAAAAAUUGGAGUUCUCGUUCGUUGGUGGAGUGGCGUACUGUGAAGAGAACUUUACGCUGAGUGCAUAUCAUUGAACUCGGUUGAAUGCAGACUUUCUUGAUGAAGCCAGAAUCUGCUUGUUUCUCAUUUGCAUGAUAUCUAUCAUAUUGAAUAUAAUCCCAUUCAUGCC